CCGGGAAACAUUUACGGGAACAACCUCCAUGUGUCUGUAACGGUAGAGUCUUAGUGGAAGACAACGCUCAUUGCUCUGUGUGCAAGACUAUACGCUACCAAGAUAUACUCAUCUGAUGCUGGCCGCUGGCAAAUGUAAAUUUUGGUUCUAUGUAUUUAAAAAAAAUCGGAGAAAAUUACAUUUACUUAUGAACAUUUAAUUUUCGCCUCCACGAAUGCGACCUGUGAGCGGCUCAAACUUGCCUGUUCGCCGGAGCCCAGGGUAUUAACUGAACAGGUGGCGCUUGUUCCGUUACACGUAGACUGCGGUGUAUUAAAGACGGGGAACAAACAGAAGGGACUUUAUUUCAGAUGCUUGCUGCCUGGGCUGAUCCCAUCUGAGCGCAGCAGACCAAGCGGACUGGCGGAGGCUCCGGGAUGCCAGCAGCCGACAGGGAGAUGGUGACUGACAGCACUGGAGCUUUUGGGCUCAGGGCACCGGGAUGUGGGGGGUCGGACAAGCUCGCCCCGACGUCUCUGAGCGGGUCUCAAUCUGGGGACGUCCUUCGCAAUUUCUACCACACCAAGCGGGUCGGGAAUUACCUUAUUGGAAGGAAACUUGGAGAAGGCUCCUUUGCUAAAGUGCGAGAAGGUCUGCAUGCACUGACCGGUGAAAAGGUGGCCGUGAAAGUGAUUGACAAGCGGAAGGCAAAGAAGGACUCGUAUGUGACAAAGAACCUACGCAGGGAGGGCCAGAUUCAGCAGAUGAUCCGUCACCCUAACAUCACACAGCUUCUGGACGUAUUGGAAACUGAGAACAGUUACUACCUGGUGAUGGAGCUAUGCCCAGGCGGAAACCUCAUGAAUCGCAUCUACGAGAAGAAACGUCUGGAGGAGAAGGAGGCCCAGAAGUACGUUCGGCAGCUGAUCAUGGCUGUGGAGCAUUUGCAUCGAGCAGGCGUGGUUCACAGAGACCUGAAAAUAGAAAACCUCCUCUUGGAUGAGAACAGCAACAUAAAACUCAUAGAUUUCGGACUGAGCAACUGCGCUGGCAUCUUGGGCUAUUCGGACCCCUUCAGCACGCAGUGUGGCAGCCCAGCCUAUGCGGCCCCCGAACUGCUUUCCCGGAAGAAGUAUGGGCCCAAAGUAGACGUCUGGUCCAUAGGGGUAAACAUGUAUGCUAUGCUUACGGGCACCCUGCCCUUUACGGUGGAGCCUUUCAAUCUCCGGGCACUGCACCAGAAGAUGGUGGACAAGGAGAUGAAUCCUCUUCCACCUCAGCUAUCCUCAGCUGCCGUCAACCUCCUAAAGAGUCUUCUGGAACCUGACCCAUCGAAGAGGCCCAACAUUCACCAAGUGAUGUCUGACUCUUGGUUGCACCUUGGGAGUCCUCAGUCUGGAACACCGUACCUGAACAGGAUCCACAUUGAGGAGAUUAACCACACGGUGCUCAUGCACAUGACCGAGAAGAUGGGCUACAAACACAGUGAGGUUCUAAGUGCCGUGCUCACCAACAGGGCCUGCCACACAUUGGCCGUUUACUUCCUCCUCAACAGCAAGAUGCAGAGACUCUCCAAGGAGUACCGGGAAAAGGAGAUAGUAGAAGAUAAAAAGAAGCCAGAGCUCUUUCAGACCCAAUGGAGAAAACGAAUUGAGAAGAUCACCAUCCCUCCGAAGCAGACGCCAAUCUACCUGGCCAUCAGCAAAGGUCCAACUAAAGACAAGAAACAAAAAAUGGGUCUUCUUCGUUCUAUUACGGGAGGAAAGAGUUCAAACCUGGGUCCUGGAGGCAGUGUAGCGUCAUCUUCCUUGGAGUACCUGGCGAUUCACCCACUGUUUCCCCGCACGCCCCAGCCAGUCAGGCGGCUGGAGACACAACAGUCAAAGGGAAGUGAGCCUAGCGGAGGUGGCCUAGACAUGCCAACCGUCAACAUCGCCACACAAUCCUGGGACUCAACCACCGGGAGGCAAAGUGCGGAGCCGGCGCCUCAAGUGCCCGUGCUGAAGCUCACUGGCGGAGCGUUCUCACCACCCCGGCAGAAUUCCGCCUUCACAGCCGACAACUCCUACCUGAAGAAAGCCACCAUCCCCAACCCUCCGGUCCUGGUCGUCGCCCCACAGCCCAAGAAGGCCCCCACCAAGAUAGACUGCGGCACCUCGACGGACUCCCCCAGCAGCCCGCCUGGCAACCCAGAGAGCCCACAACACCGGAGCAAAUUCCCCUCUAUGGGUAUCGGUCAAAUCCUCAAGAAGCGCAGCGGCCCGUUCAGUCUCCGAACUGAGCUGCCUCUGGAGAUAGAUUCCUCAGAGGCACCGCCCCCUUACCACAUGGAGACAUUACUCUGUACAUCAGGAGCCCUAAAAACUCUCUGCUGAUGCAUAUCUCCUCAUAGAGACCUUCUGGGAGCUCUCACUCAAUCCUUGUCAUCAUUCUCCUCUCUCAUUCCCACACAUCAUAAUCACUCAAUUCCACAAAAUGACACCAAGACAAUAAUGUAGAUUAUGGAUAGCUUUCUGAAUGUUCUGUUUCAGAACGUUACCCUUGGUCCAUAGAACCUCAGGACCACAUCGUUACAUUAUGAAUUCAGGGAUAUGAGAGUAAUUCUCGCGUAAUGCCAGUGUCGCUAUCUGCCCCAAGUGACGCCGUCUGGCAAUCGUUCCGUCUCCUUUAGUCACCCGCUAACACUGUAUGUUCAUGACACAUUGAGAAUGGGAGUUGGCUUAUUUCAUUUGGACUAUUUUUAGUUCAGGCGUUGAGCACACCUUGAAUUUUGUCACAUAGAAUCGAAAGCUGUAGGUAGUAACGUGUUUGACAUUACCUUGUCAUAAAUUCUGUAGUUUGAUCUUGCUUUUAUUGAAUUGAAUGUUCUGUGUCUCCUGGUAAUGUCUGGGUGCUGGGACACCUAGACUGUUUUUGAGAUAAUUUUUUAUCCAAUCUUACGGUACACAUGAGUAGCUCUGCUGGUAUGUGUUAUUUCAAAACACCAUACCCAGUUUAACCUAACCUCAUGGGGAGCGCAACACCCCAGUGCUGCUGGGGACAGGCGAUGCUCCUAUAUACCUCCAAGUGCUCACAAACCACAAAAAAAAUGUGCUGAUGAUGACUGUGAUGAAGUAAAAGACAGUCCAGAUAUUAAUGUGAUUUUAAAAACCGAAGAGUAAAAUCUAACUAAUGUCGCCAUGUCUGGUGAUCCAGGAAAGCGACAUUUGACGUAACAGGGGAGGGAAUCGUUCGCGAGACACUGUUUCAGAUUCAGCGUUUAGCCGUAAUGCGCAAAUGACCGGAAAUAUGCUGCUGUACCUUCGAACUGGGUACCGAACUGUGAUUAAUAAACCAGAGGUUUAAAAUAAAGUCUAAAAUUGUAAUCUACGCAUGUCGGUCACUUUAGCGAAGGUUAACAAAUGAACAGUUAAGAGAAUUUCAUGAUGGUCGUUUCACUGUGUUGGAUGUUUGCCAAACCUCGUUAUAUUAUUGCAUGUAAUCCAAAUAGUUUUUUUUAAAUGUCAGCUUUUCUGGAUCUAUAGAUAAUCUUUGUCAAUAUUUAUUGAUAUGACUUUUUUAAGCUUUUGUAAUACUUUGCUAUGCUUAAGUUCAAA